CUAUUCGGCAAUAUUAAUCAAAUAAAGUUAUUUUACGGUUCACAAGACGUUAAGAAAUGAAAAAUGUAAAUUCUUCCUUCAACUUGAAAUUUAUAAAAGGUUUAUGCAUGAUGUUCCCGAUAUAAAUACCCUUUUGACGUCAAAUUCAGUCACCCAAACAAACAACACCAGGCAUGACUUAACACAUUAUAAAGUUCAGUUGUGUUUACUUUUUCUGAUCAUAACACGUGUAUAUGCAGAGUAAGAUGUUUGUUCAGUUUUUUGUUCUGUUAUCCAUCUAUAAUGGAUAUCAAGCGGCUUCCAUACCACAAGUGGCUAAAUCUCCACUCACCAUAUGUGCAUUCAAUAUACAAGUAUUUGGAGUAACAAAGAUGGAUAAGCCUGAAGUCGUGGAUAUCUUAAUAGAUAUCCUGAUAUUUUGCGACCUAACACUUAUACAGGAAAUUCGAGAUGCCAGCGACACAGCUUUCAAUGAGUUGAAGGCCAAAGCAAAUGCACAAAUGAGUCUACUAAAUAAACAACUUGAAGAACCGUGUAUGUUGGAAUCUGUAAUAAGUGAAAAACUUGGAAGAUCUUCAUCCAAAGAACAAUAUGGAUUUCUUUACUGGAAUUGCACAAAGCUCAGAGUCACGGAUACUUAUCAAUAUGACGACCCACUUGAUGUUUUUGAGAGGCCGCCGUUUGUUGUGCGCUUUGAAUCACUUUCAACAGAUGUGUCUGAUUUUGCUAUUCUUGCUCUCCAUUCCAAACCGAGUAAAGCACCAGAAGAAAUAGAUAAUAUAACAAGAGUAUAUGAUAUUGUCAAGUCACAAUGGCAUUUGGAGGACGUUAUCAUAGCAGGGGAUUUGAAUUCUGACUGUAGCUAUCUACCAGACCGUGACCAUGACACAGUAUCCCUAUAUAAUGACCCGAGGUUUACAUGGCUGAUUGGAGAUGAUGUUGACACAACAACUGGCAACAGUGAAUGUAGCUACGACAGAUUUGUGGUGGCAGGUUCUAAAUUAAAAGACGCAGUGGUUCCCAACAGCGCUAGAGUUUUUAAAUUUGAUGAGUAUUUCAAUCUCACACCAGAACAGACUUCUGCUGUCAGCGACCAUUAUCCUAUUGAAAUGCAACUAGCAGGAAAAGCAAAUAUGGAAGUUUUGUCAAAGGUUAAAGAUGCAAAGACUGUGGAGUCAAUGUCUAAAGAGCCAGUCGGCGAUAUAAGAACAAUACGUGAAUUGUACAAAAAUGAUAUAUACGAUUCAAGUAGUUCUAGAACCUAUGAUGUCCUUAUACUAAAGGAGGGAUACAGUCAAUACCUGAUUGAAGCAGUAUUAGACCAUAUCGAAAAAGACCAACUUAAAACCGAAAUUGCUCAUUUCCAAGACAUGUUCCCCAAAUUACUUACCUCCGAAAUGGAGGCUGUUAUUAUUGCUUUGGUUGAUUCUGAAUCAUUCAAAUUAGAUUAUGUUUACGGUAUCAAUGAUAAUAAGCAAACAUCAUAUUAUAAGUUCAAAAUAUCGUGUUUAGUUGAAACACUGAAAUGUACCGCAAGUGUUGAAAAGGAAACCAUCUAAAACAUCGUCUACUAUUUUGUCAUUUUUUUUGUCAGUGAAUGUAAGUUAAACAAUACCUGUCUCUUAAAAUAAAAUGGUUUGUUAAGUUGUUGGCAUUUUUAAGAUCUUCAAUAGAGAAUGAAAGGUAAAGAUGCAAAUGACUUGAGCGUUUACAAUCAUGCAAGCUAUAUAAAUUUUAUUUUAGAUACAUGCAACUGAUAUUUACAUCUAUAACUAAUAAAAGCAAAUAUUUUAA